AGUGUGUCAAUUGACAUUCUGUGGUGCGCUAUAACUCAAAGAAAAACAGCGUCAAACGACGUCAUAUUUGGUGCGCUAUGACUCUUCAAGAAAAUCCCCCAGUCAUUUAAACAUAUAUAUUGUUUAAUUGUUUUAAAACUUUCCCGCAUAGAUAGUAGAAUCCCGACUCGAACGAUUCCCCAAUACAUCCGUUUCAACUCGACUCUAUUACUGUAUACUUAGUUACUUACUACUUUUCAAGUUUUUAUUUAUUACCCGAUAAUCCCGUUUAUUCCGUUUUAAUAAAUCACUUUCUGGUAAAUAUUUGCGUUAAAAGCUCUAAAUUAUUUCUUUUACACAAACCUUGCCAUUUUUCUAUAGUAUCAAAUUAAUUUUAAAUGACUAUAGAUUUGAUGAAAUAUUUCCUCUGAACACGCGUCAAUCCCCUGACGUGUUGUGUGCUUAGUUAAAACGCUCAAUACACCAAUGCUCACCCAAAUGACGCGACGUUGUACAUGCGGCAUAAUUUUUGCGCUCUUUUUAAUUGAGAAAAAGAUUCGACACACAAUAAAUUUGCACUGCUAAUUUGAAGCAAGAAUAUUUCAACGUUGCAAUUUGAAGCAAGAAUAUUUCAACGUUGCGGUAACAUUUACAUUCGGAAGUGUGUUUCGGAUUUAAAACGCGUUAACAUAUCCACAUACGGGAAUGGUUUUCGGAUUACAAAUUUAAUUAUUCCCAUUUGAGAUUUAAACAAAUAUUAACAGUUGCGUUAUGAAUUCAACGAUAAUAUGUUUAAACACUUUACGAGUCGAAUAUAAAUGUUUUGACGGAAUUAUGCAUGAAAUUCACGUUGUCCACGAGGAUUACGGCCGGUUGUCAUCAUCAGUCUUCUAAGUAACUGGCUAAGAUUUAUCUGGCAAUUACAUGUAUCGUCUUUUCCAAAGAACACGCGUAAAUCGCCUGACAUGAUGUUCAUGUUUUUAUACAACACAAAAUACCUCCACACUUUCCAUGCGACGUUCUACAUGUCUGCAUAUUUUUCGCGCGCUUUUUCUUGAUACACAGGAUAAUACACUGUUUAUUUGACGCUACAAUUUGUUUAUGUCGCGUAAGCAUUAAAAUUCGGGAGCGUGUUUCGGAUUACAAAUUGAUGAUGUUCAUUUGAAAAUCGAACGAAACAUUUACAAUUGUGCGUUAUAAAUUCAACGAUUAUUUGUUAAAGCGCAUUAAGUGUCGAAAAAACGAGGUGAAUCAGUUCUAUAAAUGGACAUGAUGAAAUAUACAUUCACUGGAAUUAAAUUGUUAUCGCAUAAAUUGUUACCCGGAGUUAUUUGCACAACUUACUCGCCACAAUUAGAAAUGGCUUCACUCGAAUGCGGUGGCUACGUUAUGCUGGUGGUCUUAUUGUGCCCACUUAUUCUGCAAGGUAUCGGUCUCUACAGCAGGGACUGGGUGGACGGAUCGGCAUGCGAGGUGUUCGGGAAAACGUCGCAGUGUUGUAUCAACGCCUCGCUUUGUGCACCCGGCAUUGGUUUAGGUGCCGACACCGUAGCGCUUGGCUUUGAGAUUGCUUCGUGCAUACUUAUAGCCUUUCCAGUGUUAUACGCGAUUGCGGAGGCCUGUUGCGACCCUGACGAGUUAAAAAGUUGUCCUGGUCUUGUCAGUGGCUUGCUGUUCAUAGGUUACCCUUUGGCAGGAUUUUGUAGCUUAAUUGGGUGCAUCAUCAUGAGAGCAAAGUUCGCAAAGUUUCAUCUGGGUUCAGCCUUUGAUUGCUGCCUUGCUUCGGGCCUUUAUAUAUUGAUUCUUUGCAUUCUUGUCUUCGGAUACACCUGGCACAAACACAAGCAAUCCAGGGAUAAAACUGACCGUCCUACUGAACUUGAAGUGGAAUCGCGUGCUCGUCCAGAAAAUGUAAUUGAGUUCACCAACGUGCAGGAAACAACGCAUGUGCGGGUGACACCGGAUGGUAAAUUAGAGUUUAUAAGAAAAUUAAACGUGUUUCAAAUGUUCAUUCACAAGUAACAUAAUCAUACAUGAAACAGGUAUUUGACAUGUGAUGAAAUUGCAGAAAAAAACAACAACACAUUGUUCUUUCAACGUUGUAAUGUAACACUUGUAAACAUGUACAUUAUAUAUAUUUAAAGACGCAAUGAAAGCAUAUAUUUAUUAAAUAUUACUACUU